GAGUGGGACUGAAUCAGCCUAGGAAUACCAAUAUGCGUCUGUCAGACCCAGCUGCACUCACUGCAGAUUUGCUAAUUACUCUGUGAAGCCACGCACAUUCCCUCAUAUUGUUUGCUCAUUUCAAACUCUUAUCAGUUCUGCUUGUUUAUUUGCUUGCCUGUGUUACGUCACAUUAAUCUGAAAAUGUGUUGAGAAUUUCCUCCCUUUAUAAGAGGCCACAGUUUUUUUCCUGUUCUGUUGAUUGCGGAAAUGUGGAAUUACCGUGAACUGCAGCAACAUGUCAUUGACUCCUCUGUCUAUUGCAAGCUGCAAUGAUACACUUGCCCUCGAGUAUAUCGUCGAGCAAGCCUCUGCUAAGAGCAAACCCUCUUGAAGCCAAAUGUCCCAGCACCAUAUUUCAGUCUUAACUAGCAAAUGCCAAACAAUAAUUUACAUUUGUAUACCCUGUCGCCAUCAAGUGCUUUUCUACUAAUAAAUUGUCAGAACGUACGAACCUGUGAUUAAGCAUAUUUAGGUUUUAUAAUGAAGUUAUGUUCCCAUUUGGCCCUGUACCAAAGGCAUGGGUUAUAUCUGUACUUGGGAUGAAUAAAUGUCCCUGCAGCCAGGACUGCUGGAGCUGCCGAGGUCGGAUUAAACUCAGUGGUUGCGGGUUGGGAAACAGAGCGUUUGGUCAGGUAAUAGAAGAGUUGAUAUAAAGGUAGAUGCAAAGUUCACAGAGACUGGUGGAAAGGUCGGAUGUGGACAGGACAUCAUGUAGUCAGCUGGAAACGUGUUUAAUUCAAUACAAUAAGUAUUAAGAAUAAGAGUAACUUAGAACAUGGAUGGUGCAUAUUAUCACCAUUACACAGACCUGACUGUUAUAAGGGUAGGAUUGGUGUUUGAUGCUUCAGUUUUUAGUUGUUUCAGAAUACAUAUGGAGGAUUGUCUUUACUAAUUAGGAAUGGUAUCACAGCUACAUAAACAGAGAACAUCAACGUAGGUGAAAGUCAGAAACGGGAAGGAGGCUAUCAAUCUGGGAGCAUUCUGUCAGCCUUCCCGAAAGCCACUGGGAUAAUGAGAGCAGAUAACUCGGCAGUUUUGGGAAAGGUGCAAAAGCAACAAGGUUGUUGUCAUUGUUGACCUCAACGUUCCUGAUGUUGAUUCCAUCUCCUUGUUCCAAAAUGUGUCAAAGGGCCAGAAUGCGUUAUGUGUCCUGGAUGAAUUCUUGACAUAGUAUGUGGCUGGGCGAACUGGAGGAGCUGCCAUACUCGAUCUAGUAUGAGACAAUGAUGCUGGUCAGGUGACAGAUAUUACGAUGCGUGACACUUUUGAGAUAAUGACCACAACACCUCAACUUCUAUCAUGGUCAUGGACACGGAUGGUAGCGGACGAUACGAGGCAGUAUUUAAUAGUUGCAAUGGUAUUCGAAGCAUCUUGGGAGUGUAAAUUGGGAAAAACAGUUUCAAAGGGAAAUGCACAAUGGAACUCUGAAGUUUGUUUCAGGAACACUUGAAUGCGGUUCGGGGAAGAUUUGUUCCAGACACCGUGAAAGAAUGUUUAUAUAAACGAACCGUGGUUCACAAGAGAUGAGAGCAUUUAAGCAAGAAGGAAGCAUUAUUUAGGUUUAGGAAGCAACAUUCAAGCAAGGCUCUAGAGAAUUAUAAGGUCGCCUGGAUGGAACUUAAGAAGUGAUUUAGAAGUCGAAGGGAACUUGAGAAGUCCUUGGGAAGUAGGAUGAAGGAAAGCCCAAGGCGUUCUACAUGUGGGUGAAGAAGAGGAGGGUGAAUCGAUUGAGUGUAGGACUACGCAGGAGCAAAGGUGGAAACGUGCCGGAGGAUACGGUGACAGGGCAUCACCAGCGGGUGGAGCUGUCGUGCAUCGCGAUCAAAGUGUAAACAAGACGACGAAAAUCGACAAUCAUCAGUCAGAAUAAGAAUGGCUACAGAGCCAGAGUUUACAAUCUCCGACCUCCUGGCAGAGGGGGGCGAGUAUCGACUGUACCAGCUGACAAAAUUCUACAGGGACAGACUCAAACAAGCGAUUGAAGAAAAGGUUGAAAAACUCGGUUGGAUGUUGACAAAGGAGGGACAUUUCAGUAGAGAAGAAAAUGAGAAAGUCACUGAGCUGACAGAGAAGGGAAACCGGGCAGAGAGUUCCAGACUCUUCCUCAGUUUGGUGAUGGGCAAAGGCUCCCGGGCCCGGAGGGCGAUGUGGGAAUCCUUUGUGACAUGGAGGACUGAGUUACCGAAGUUGGACAGAAUACUGAGGGAAGUACAGGAGCUCGGUCCUGAUCCACAAGAAUACAUGGACAUCGGCCAAGUGUUAUCUGAGUUACCCUCUCAUCUGAUAGAUGUUCAGCAGAAACACAAGGAGACUCUGAGGGCACAAACUGAAACACUGAGAGUGAACACGAUCCUGAUGAGGGAGAAGGUGAAGGUUUUCCAGCUGGUUGAUCGAUACGCUGAGCUCACGGUCAUUUCUACUGUUCGAGAUCGGACACUGGUGGAACAUGAGCUGCUGGCAAGAGGCAGAGACCAUGAGGAAUUGAGAGAGAACCAUCUCCGCCGAAAGCUGGAAAAAAUCCGGACUGAUCAGUUGUUCCAGAGUAGCUUUUCCCGGAGUAAAUCCAAAUCUGGGAGCUCGGCAGCAGUGGCUGGAGUCCCGGGGAUUGGGAAAACAACAAUGAUACAAAAGAUUGUUUAUGACUGGGCCGCGGGGAAAAUAUACCAACAGUUCCAGUUUGUAUUCAGUUUCAAAUUCCGGGAUUUAAACACCAUUAACUGCAGAAUAAACCUGAAGGAACUGAUUCUGGAUCAGUAUCCUUACUUUGGGAAUAUCCUGAGAGAGGUCUGGAAGAACCCAGAGGGAUUGUUGUUUAUAUUCGAUGGUUUGGAUACAUUCAAUGACAGAAUUGAUUUUUCUGACAGUCGCAGAGACACAGAAACUCAGUCCACAUGCACAGAUCCUGAAUUCAAGUGCAAGGUGUCUGACAUUGUGUACAGUUUAAUCCAGGGCAAGCUGCUCCCAGGGUGUUCAGUGCUGGUGACCACCCGUCCCGCUGCGUUACAUUUAUUGAAAAAGGCUCGGAUUAGUGUCUGGGCCGAAAUUCUCGGAUUUGUUAGUGAGGAACGGAAGGAAUAUUUCAUCAGGUAUUUUGAAGAACAUACGAUGGCAGCAGCUGUUAUCAAACACGUGGAAGAGAACGAGAUCCUGUACACCAUGAGCUACAACCCCUCCUACUGCUGGAUCCUUGCUCUGGCACUGGGCCCCUUCUUCACACAAAGAGUCAGGGACCCGCAGCGAGUACCCAAGACCAUCACCCAACUGUACUCCUACUAUAUUUACAACAUCCUGAAAAACCACGGCCGUGAGAUUGAGAACUCCCGCGAUGUGUUUCUCAGGGUUGGUCAGAUGGCCUUCAGAGGAGUGUCCGAGAAGAAGAUUGUGUUUACAGAUGGAGAUUUGAUCAAGUACAAUCUGCAGUCUUCCCAGUUCCUGUCCGGGUUCCUGAUGGAGCUUUUGGAGAGAGAGGAUUCUGCCCGGGGCAUAGUGUACACAUUCCCACACCUCACCAUCCAAGAGUUUGUAGCUGCAGUCGCACAAUUCCUGAAUCCACAUCCCGGGGAUAUCCUGAUAUUCCUUACUGAAGCCCACAACACGACAGAUGGGCGAUUUGAAGUAUUUCUCCGUUUUGUUGCUGGUCUUUCCUCCCCAAUGAUAGCUCGGGGCCUGGAGGAGUUUCUGGGUCCAUUUACUCAUGAAACAACCUGCCGGGUGAUUGACUGGGUGAAGGAGGAGGUUAAACGCCAGAGUGGAAACACGAGGAGUGAAUCUGGUAAAAGGAGCCUCCUGAACAUAUUGCACUACCUGUUUGAGUCUCAGAAUCGUGGACUGGCUCAGGCCGCACUGCGAUCUGUGGAAACACUUUCAUUCAGUGGAAUCACACUAACCCCGAUUGACUGCGCGGUCCUGUCUCAUGUCAUCGGACUCUGUGAUACAAUAAAAUACCUCAACCUAGAGUACUGCCACAUUCAGUGUGAAGGAACCCAGCGGCUGGGACCCGGGUUGUACAAGUGCCGGGAGUUGAGACUUGGGGGGAAUCAGCUGGGAGAUUCAGGACUGAAACUGGUGUCUGCGGCUCUGAGGAACCCCGAGUGUAAAAUACAGAAACUGCGGCUGGACAAUGUCGGUCUCACAGAUUCUGGUGCCGAAGAACUCGCCUCAGCUCUCAGUACAAACCCAUUACUGUCGGAGCUGGACCUGAGUUUUAAUAAACUGGGAGAUUCAGGAGUGAAACUGGUGUCUGUGGCUCUGAGGAAUCCGGAGUGUAAAAUACAGACACUGUGGCUGACCCAUGUCGGUCUCACCGAUACGAGUGCCAAGGAUCUCGUCUCCGCUCUCAGUACAAACCCAUCACUGACGGAGCUGUACCUUAGUGAUAAUAAACUGGGAGAUUCAGGAGUGAAACUGGUGUCUAUGGCUCUGAGGAACCCGGAGUGUAAAAUACAGGCUCUGCGUCUGGGGAGUGUCGGUCUCACAGAUUCUGGUGUCGAGGAUCUCGUCUCCGCUCUCAGUACAAAACCAUCACUGACGUGGCUGAACUUGGGAUCAAACUCGCUGACAGACCGAUCUGUCCCCGCUCUCCGCCACCUCAUACUGACCCUCCCGAGUCUGGAGUGGAUCGGGCUGCACUGGAAUCGGUUCAGUGAGGCCGAGGGGAAUAAACUGAGAUCUUUGCGGGGACUCAGACCCGGACUGAUAGUAGUGGAUCUGUGAACAUCUGGCCUUUAACCUUUAUCUUACCUGGAACCCAGACCCGGACUGAUGGUGGAUCUGUGAUCCUGUGAACAUCUGAAUGUGUGAACAUCCCCGCUCGCGGGAUGGGGACAUUUUGACAGAUUCCACACCCUCCAUUUUAACUCCCGCCGUUACAUUUAAUGGCCGUGAUCCAGGUGUGAUUCCCAACGGUUUUAACGGAACUGGCUCCAGUCUCGCGCUGUGUGUUGUUCGUUGUGAUCCUGCACUGACGUAUAUCUCCUCCGGUCCAGCACCAGCUUCCGCCGGAUGUGCGGGUUCAAGACUCCCCCACGCGAGACCCCGGGGUAUUACACAGGCAGGAAGAACCCGGGGGCGGGGCUUAGUCUGGGACACCGGUAUCCCGGGGUGGGAUUAUCCCCGGAGAGAAUCCUUUUGCUCCCUUUGCUGAGGACGGUGCAUUCUGCAGCCUGGCCGAUAUAAUGAUGUUAAAUGGACAAAUCCCUCGGCAGUGACCCUGGAUCUGCAGCGAUCCCGGACACGGCCCUGAAGUGUGAUUUGAUAAUCAUCGGUUCCCCGAUGCAGAGUGACGUUGAGAAACGGGACUGAUUAUUCAACCGGUCAAUCGUUGUCGCCGGCCAGUUAAUUGUGUGUGAGUGUGAGUGAGUCGGGAGCAGCUUAUUUAUUCCCGCACGUCAGCAGCUCACUCGUUGUUUAAUUUAUAUUUGUCAUGAUGAAAUCAAUAAACCGCUGUAACUUUC